AGCUUGCUACAGAGAACAAUAACUACAAACAACAUUAGAAAGGUCAAAGAUUUUAUUUUUUUUGAACCCCAUUUAGCUCAUCGGAACCAUGGCAGCACUGGUUCCUUUCUCUCUUCUUAGGAACUAUUCACCAUUCAUGUUAGCAAGGCCUUUUAUUGUGAAGGGGUGCAACCUCAAUUUCUCCAAGUCUGUUCUUCCUCUCCCAUGUCGCAGGUUGCCAUUUAGUGCGAGGGCGACGCACGAUGAACAAGCUGCAGCCAAAGCAGCUGCUGCUACUGCUGAUAGUGGAGCUCCAACAAUAUUUGACAAGAUAAUCAAUAAGGAAAUCCCUUCCAGCAUUGUGUAUGAAGAUGAAAAGGUCCUUGCAUUUAGGGACAUCAAUCCACAGGCUCCAGUUCAUGUUCUUGUCAUUCCGAAAGUUAGAGACGGAUUAACAGAACUCGCCAAGGCUGAGGCUAGACAUGGAGAAAUACUAGGUCAACUUCUAUAUGCUGCACGAAUAGUAGCUGAGAAGGAGGGUAUCCUUGAUGGAUUUCGUGUUGUCAUAAACAGUGGUCCAAGUGCAUGUCAAUCUGUGUAUCAUCUACACUUACAUGUCCUUGGUGGGAGACAGAUGAAUUGGCCACCUGGUUGAAGUCUCAAAAAGUAAUCCUUCUAGAAACAUAAAAUUUUCCCAUUUUAUCAUGUUAGCAUCACUCAUUUUCUGAUGUAUUUCACAUUAACAUAACAUUUCAUCGUGAGCUGUACUAAGGACACAUGUCAAUGUCAUCCAACUCUAGAGAGAGUUGAUAUUUGCCCUUUAUAUUUAUAAAAUUGAUUGCUUUUAGA